GUCAGGUCCGCUGACUCAAGUGCUUGUUUUGGAGGAAGUGAGAGAGCGAAAACGAGAGAGAAAGAGGGAACGGACGGACUGUUAAAAAAAAAAAAAAAAGAGAGACUGCAACAGAAAAAAAAGGAAAGGGGGUUGAAAAUACUGGGCAGCACGGUUAAAAAGAUACCCGAAUUAAAAAAAACAGAUAUAAGAGAAUCGUAUUGACAGACAGAACGCUAAACCUGAGAAUUAGUCUUAUCUAUCAGAAGAGCCGUGAAAACCAAAAAAAACACUACUUCCAAAUUUUAAGAAGAAGGGAAGGGACUCGAACCAGGACAACAUCUGGUGCAAGCUCUAACAAAAUGACGUCCAGAAAGAAAGUUUUGCUGAAAGUGAUCAUCCUGGGAGACUCUGGUGUAGGCAAGACCUCCCUCAUGAACCAGUAUGUCAAUAAGAAGUUCAGUAACCAGUACAAAGCCACAAUAGGAGCCGACUUCCUAACAAAGGAGGUGAUGGUGGACGACAGGCUGGUCACAAUGCAGAUCUGGGACACAGCUGGCCAGGAGCGGUUUCAGUCGCUGGGCGUUGCGUUCUAUCGGGGGGCAGACUGCUGCGUGCUGGUGUUCGAUGUGACGGCUCCAAACACCUUCAAGACUCUGGACAGCUGGAGAGACGAGUUCCUGAUACAGGCCAGCCCCCGGGACCCAGAGAACUUCCCCUUCGUAGUGCUGGGCAACAAGAUUGACCUGGAGAACAGACAGGUCACCACAAAAAGGGCUCAGGCGUGGUGUCAGAGCAAAAACAAUAUCCCGUACUUCGAAACCAGCGCCAAGGAGGCAAUCAAUGUGGAGCAGGCUUUCCAAACCAUCGCCAGGAACGCACUUAAACAGGAGACAGAAGUGGAGCUGUACAAUGAGUUCCCAGAGCCGAUCAAACUGGACAAGAACGAGCGAGCGAAGCCUUCCGCGGAGAGCUGCAGCUGCUGAGAGGAUCCGGGUUCAAGAUGAGAUGAACCCCUAGCCCUACCCCAUCCCCCUUCCUAUAGAGCCCUCCCCCUGCAUACCCCAAAAUACUGUUCACCCCCCUCUCCUAUCCCACAGUCACCCCGGACCGAACCCCACACACACGCAUGCACACACACACACACACACACACACACACACACACACACACACACAGAGCCUGCAGUCUGUGCAGCGCAGUACCCACUAACACACCCCUUUACCCUGCUGUUCAGCACGUACAUAUGCUUCCUUCUCUACCUGUCUUUCAACCUGGCAAACCUUGCAUACACCCUCCGUGCCUCGACAGGUCGUUUUCCUCUGGCAACUCAAACAGCCUUCCUGACUUGGGUGUCCUCCCCACAUUGUCUUCAUAGCCUUUAUAAAAGUUUACCGCAGUAAACGCUUUGCCAAGUGUAAUCGUGUAUUGAAAGCAUGCUAAAGCACAGGUAGGCAUUUUGAAGCUCGGAGCUGUACUGUAUGGUAAAGCACCUUUUAAACACACGGCAAACCAUGGUAAACUCUGCAUAGUAUAACCAUGGGAAAGCACAGAGGAGGGGAGGGGGACCACUUGAAAAUUACUGUUCAAAUGAUAAACUUUUCUAAGGGCAGCCCAGCAUACCCCACUGUUUCAUUCACAGUUCCACACGUUUCCCCCUCAGCUUGGAGGCUUAACCUAUUCCCUUCCCACAGACUCUUCUAUCUUAGAUAACCCAGCCCAGUCCCUCCCCUGACCCCCUCACCUCCCCUCCCUCCCCACAGUUUGCAGCCUUUAGCCCAGACGUCUCUCACUCAAGCACUUCUGUCUGACUCGGAAACUGGUCACCAUGCAAACUGUCAUGUUAGGUAACCCUAGUCUGUUUUGAUUUAGGUUAAAAAAGAAAAUGAAAGAAAGCUUGACCUCAUCUACAUAUAUAAAAUCUACAUAUAAAUAUACAGGAAAAUCAAGCAGAUCUUUCGAUUUUUGUUUCUUAUAAUAAUACUACUUCUACUAUGACAUUGUUGCUGUUUCUUUUACAACCAUGCUAUGUUUAACAUUAAUAAUAACAAGACUAGUUUAUAAAGAGAUAAAGGAUAAUGAACAUUGUGUCUCUUGAGUUGGUGACUGUGUGUCUCUCUCUCUCUCUGACUGUGUGUGUGUUUCUAACUGCCUGUCUCUCUCUCUCUCUCUCUCUCUCUCUCUCUCUCUCUCUCUCUCUGACUGUGUGUGUGUUUCUAACUGCCUGUCUUUCUCUCUCUCUCUCUCUGUCUCUCUCUCUAUGCAAGUUUGCAGGCUGUUGUUUAUAAGUGUUUGUUCUUUACUUUUAACCAAUCAGAUCUUUUACUGUAUCCAUGUAUUAUAAUAAUUACUAUGUUUAGCUUCAUUAGGAGAAAAUUCAGCAACAGCUCUUGUAACAGUUCAUCAUGGUGUUACCAACAAAACAAUACAUGCAGCCAACGGCAUUGUUUAAAUAAGUAUGUGGGUUUAAAUAAUAAUGCUCUUAAUAAUAAAAUAAAGGUUCUUGAAUAUAA